CUGCAGGUGAUUAACGCCAUCGAGCAGGACUACCGGCUGCCCCCCCCCAUGGACUGCCCCUCCUCCCUGCACCAGCUCAUGCUCGACUGCUGGCAGAAGGACCGCAACGCCCGGCCCAAGUUCACGGACAUCGUCAACACGCUAGACAAGAUGAUCCGCAACCCAGCCAGCCUGAAGGCCGUGGCCAGCAUCACCGCAGUGCCUUCCCAGCCCCUGCUGGAUCGCUCUGUGCCUGACUUCACCACCAUCAGCUCGGUGGAGGACUGGCUGCUGGCCAUCAAGAUGAGCCAGUACCGGGACAACUUCCUGAGCUCUGGCUUCACCUCCCUGCCUCUGGUGGCCCAGAUGACCUCCGAGUGAGU